GGCAAUGAUACAAAGAAAAUUUAGGUUAGGAGAUUUUUUAAAUGAGUAAAAACACGAGAUAAUUAAAAACGAGUUAAUAAUUACAACACCAUGGGUGAAUUAAACAUUUCAAUUGAAUUUUGUGGUGGGGCAGAACUCUUAUUUGAAAACAAAAAGUCCCAUGAUGUGGUACUGUCUGCAAAAGAAACAAAUUGGACAAUGGGAGAUUUGAUAUUGUGGAUAAAAAAGUAUUUAUUAAGAGAUCGACCAGAACUUUUUAUCCAAGACAAUUCAGUACGUCCAGGAAUUUUAGUUUUAAUUAAUGAUGCUGAUUGGGAACUAAUGGAUACUGUGAAUUAUGUGAUACAACCAAAUGAUAAUAUUGUAUUUAUAUCCACUUUGCAUGGGGGAUAAAUUUUAAUAAUUUUAAGUAAUAUUUAUGUUAUUUUCAAUAAAAUAUUUAUUAUU